UAAAGAAAAAAUAAUAAUUAAUUUAUUCACCUAGUUUUACUCUAACAUGGAUAACGCCAAAAACAUAUUAGUGUCUAGCAAAUUCAAACUCAAUUCCUUACGUGCGUCAAAUACUAAAAAUACUAAUGAAUCUGAGGCUGACCACUUCGAAAAAUGUCCCAAAGAUUUAAGAUUUGGCAAACGACACUUACAAAUCAUAAAUAUAUGCUUCUUGGUAUUUGUUGCUUAUUACACGAGAAAUAAUCUUGCUGUUGCUAUUGUGGCAAUGACCGAUAGAAAUGCAAGUGUAAAUACCGAUAUACAGACUUUUAACUGGACCAACAAAAACGUGAUUCUCUCUUCAUUUUUCAUUGGAUAUGUUCCUUUACAAAUAUCUGCUGGAUUUCUGGUUCGUCAAUUUAACGUGAAAGUAUUAGCGGCCACCUCUCUGGGAAUAUCAUCCUUUCUAGGCCUCCUUACGCCCGUUAUAGCUACCCAUGUUGGAAGCAAAGGUGUAAUAGCGAUAAGAGUGCUGCAGGGUACCACUCAAGGUUUCGUGUUUCCUUUGGUACAACAUCUAUUAGCUUACUGGGUUCCGCCAACCGAGAGAGCGUUUCUGGGAGGAGCUGUCUAUGCAGCAAGACCUAUGGCAACAGUACUAGCCAUGAUUAUUCCUGGCUAUUUAGCAGCCAGUUCCUUUGGCUGGCCUUGGAUAUUUUACACCUCUAAUAUUAUGGCCCUAGUUUGGUGUCUGUCCUUCCUUAUAUUUUCAUAUGAAAGACCUUCAACUCAUCCCAAUUUAUCGAAAAGGGAACAAAUAUACAUAGAAAAAUCUAUUGGGAAUAAGAACAAGAAAAGGGUAACAUACACACCAUUCAGGGAAAUAUUAACAUCCCCACCUUUUUGGGCUCUAACAGCAGCAGCAUUUGGUUAUGUUUGGGGAUUUUGGACUCUCCAAAGUCAAAUGCCAAUGUAUUUAAAAUAUGUGAUGAAAUUUGAUAUUAAAUCAAGUGGUGCCAUAGCAGCUUUACCAUAUUUAAUGCAAUUUUUGGCUGGAUAUGUGUUCAGUUUUAUUUCGGAUUAUCUGCUAGGUAAAAACGUCUGGUCCAUUGGUACUGCACGAAAAACUAUGAACCUUAUAGGUUGUUUAGGACCAGCAUUGGCACUGGUGCUACUUCAAAGUGGAGGUCCAGAGCAUGCUGUAAAAGCAAUUGUUUUACUAACAAUAGCCAUUGCAACAUCUGGAGCAUGCUUUUGUGGAUAUACAAUAAAUCACAUUGAUCUAUCACCGAAUCAUUCCAGUGUGUUAGUCGGAAUAAGUAAUGGACUCGCACAAUCCUGCGGGUUUUUAGCUCCUCUCUUUGUCCAGGGUGUAGUAACAAAUGAGGAAGAUCCUAGUCAAUGGAAGAUUGUUUUUUACACAGCAGCAGCCAUAAAUGUUGUAGCCGGAGUUAUUUUUGCAAUUUUUGGAUCUGGUCAAGUUCAGUCCUGGGAUAAUAUUGUCUCAAAAAAUAAAAUCAGAACACAAGAAAACGUAGAAGAUGUUUCAAAUCAGGAAUUAAUAACUUAAUUUAGGUAUUUAUUUUUAUUAUGUAAAUAAAAUUUUUAAUUAUGUUUUAAA